AUGUCCGGUCCGGCGUUUGGCUUUUCCGUCGGGGACUUUGUAACGGCUAUAGAGGCGACGACCACUAUCAUCAAGGCUCUGAAGCAGACUGGAGGUGCCUCCUCACGUUACAUACAGGUCUUGCAACGCCUUCAGUCGCUGAGGCGGAUUCUCGACGAGCUCGAAAGCUUUCAGCCUUCCGACAGUGAUUCAGCUUAUGUCAAUGCCAUUCGGGGAGCGGCGCGAGCCGCAAAGUUCCCACUCGAUGACUUCCUGGCAAAAAUGGAGAAGUAUGAGCCCGCCUUGAAUCCGACAAAUCGUGCCAGCAUCAGUCGACGUGCUCCUAGGUCGGUGAAAUGGGCAUUAUGGGUAGAGGAAGAGGUCGAGAAGCUGCAGAUUGCACUGGAUGCACAAUGCUCGAGCCUGAGUUUGCUGAUGCAGCUGCGUCAAUGCAAGGUCGGCGACGUCCGCGAGUCUCGACGCAGAGCCGAGCACGAAGGAGUGGAGACGUUGCUCAAGCAACAGGUCAAGUCCUCCCUCAGCAACAGUGAUGCGAUCGAGGAUAUACGACGUGAGACUACUCGAGGCAUGGGCGACAUUCUCACUGCUACAGCUUCGGUGCAAGCCUCCACCGAUACGAACGCUGCCAUCUUGACAGACGUCAAACGCAUUGCGAUAUCAUUGGUCGAUCAAGCAAAUGAGCACGACUCUAGGGCUCAGCAGCACGCUCGCAGCAUCACGCAAGCCAUGAUGGACAAUACUGCUCAAUUACUGAAGCUGCAACUGAACCUAUCUGCAAUGCCACAAACGACAACCGACUCAUCGAUCCACUUGGUGGACGCGCUGGACCGUCCGCAGAAACUACCAUACGAGUUCUUCCAAACUUUCGAGAUGAUUCACGCGCACCUUUCGACGAAGUUCAGGUAUGUUCCAGGUGGUGCACAGGUCAAUACUGGCCUUUACCAGCUCGUUCUAGAAGGCAGGUCUCCACGGGUCGUGGACGCUGACAACUGGUCUACCACCGUUUUUCCGGGAUCUCGCGUCACUAUUCCCAAGUGCCGCUUACUAUAUCAUCCAGCCAGCGUUCAGCGCUUGCUAAAUUUGGGCAGCGGCAGAAGCACCAUUCAACAAGUGCAGAAGAAGCACGACACAGACCAGUACGGCCGGAGAAUUGAUCCAGCUGACGUCUCAGUGAUUGCCAGUAUCUCGAAUCCUACCCUAUCACAAUUCAGUAGGACGUCAAAGGCAUCGACGGCAAUGUCUGCGAAGAGGACUACGGCUACAGAGAACGAGUUGUCCCUGCCCAGGAAGGGCAGGAAGCUUCUGAGCGACGCGCACCCGGCUUCCGAAGAGACCUUCCUGCCACUGACACGACAGAACUUGCAAGCAUGGGAGUCCUUCGAUGGCCACGACGCCGUCGACGUUAUUGGCCAGCUUGAUGCGAUGUUCGGGACUGGAAAGGAUCCUACUCUCCCGGUUAUCGACUGGAGUAGCAGCCCCUCCGGUAUGAUGGCAUGGCUCAAUUCAAGCGCCUUACCGGCUUCUGGAAACUCUUUCCCUGAGAUUGAAGAUGUCGAAAAGGAUCAGAAUACUGUUCCCGACAACGAAGUGAAUGAUCUGGAAGUACUCCGACGCGUUUGUAUACCAUGGUCAACGCCAGCAGCGUGCCACUAUCUCGACGCUUCCGAAUACCAGGGCAUGACUGGGCCAGCUGUCUUACAUCUCCGGCGGAUCUUGGAUCUGUUCCCAAGACUGUCCUCUGUGCUUGCCCGUCGACUGGCCCAGAACAACCAUACUCAAGCGCAGACACUGGCGAAAGUCAGGGCAGCGGCAGAUGGACAGCGAGGCAUGUGUAUUGGAAGCCCUGAAAGGCCGAAGAAGCGCACAGAAGCUGCUAUUGGAAAUGUAUCCUCUGGCUCGGUUGAGGAGGACGACCAUUCAAUCGCAGACUUCAUCAAAUUGCUUGAGGCAAAGAAAGAACUUUCGGACUCAAGGACGGAUAAUGCUUCCGCCGCCAGCAGUACGCGCCGCACAACUGCCGCGCUGGAUCGCUUUCACCGUAUGAAGGACUCUUACGCCGCUCUCAGUGACUCUGUGAGCCCCUUACGGAUGUUGCAACGCUCAUCCGAUCGAAGUUCUGCUGGCGAGACGCCGAGUGAGCGGCUUGCCAAUAUGAAUGAGGUGCAUCAUCGACAGAAUUCUGACGAGAGACACUAUGGUCGUAGUCCGAAGUCGAGCACUUCCGCUAUUUCGAAAGCUUUGGACAUGACGAGUCGUCGUCUCUUCGGAACUGGAUACCAAUCACCCGUAAAUUUUAUGCGCGGUCGAGCAGACGACGACAAUGAGCGCGGAGAACAGGACAGUGACGCGUCUAACAACGAGUACAACAACGAGGAUGACUCAUCGCAGAAAUUAAAAAUCACCGGCAAGACCAAGCACAUGAAGAGGCCCCACCGUGGGAGGCGUCUGUACGAUGAUACAUUCGUGACGGUAUCGGGAAAGCGCGCGCACUCUGCAAUGUCGAGUCGCAACAGCUCCAUGCGAGGAGACAAUCACUUCGACACAGACUACCAACGAACUAAAGCCAGACGAGAAUCAGCUGGCUCGGGGGCUUCGUACCAUAUCGAGCGCGAGGAUUAUCAAUUUACGAGUCCGAUGCGAGCGACAGGACCAGAAGCCUUCAAGUCCUCGCCACAAUUCAGUUCGCGGACGGCAGCAGUUUCGACCAGGCGUUGUGAGCUUUGCGACCGAGACGUGGGUAUUAAGCGGCAGCGCGACUUUCACGCAGCAACGCCCAACAAUCCAACACCCAAACCCCAGCCUAGAGAAGUCUUCCCAAGCAUGGUCUGUGCAGCGUCUCCAGAUGCCGCACUGCUUGCAGAGGCAGCCGCACUGGACGUUGCAGAGGCUGCGCUCUCUGAUGCAGAAGAUACGGCGGAGGACGCGGAUCCAGAUGCGGAUGACGCGGAAGACGCCGCACCGGAGGUAGAGGUCGCUGUGGCGGAGGACUCGGUCCCAGAGGUGGCGGUGCCGUUGGGGGACUGGCCUGGGGCGCAAGUUGCCGCUGAUGGCUGGAGUUGA